ACAUCGGAAAGCUCGGCUGCAGCGCACGGACCUCGGCGGAGAAAUCCCUGAGCAAGAACAUGAAGCUCCUUCCCCUGCUCACAGCUGCGUCCUGCCUCACGCCCCCGGGGCCCUCUUUCUUCGUAGAGCAAGUGAUGAAGUUUUUUUUCCAGAUCACAUGAGCCAGGAUGAAGGGGGAAAAUCCUGCCAGGAGCAGAGAUGGGCUGCAACUUGAACCCAAUCGAGGGGAGACCCAGAGCAGUGCCUCGAGAGCUAUAUAAGAAUGUGCCAGGCACAGGAGCAAACACUUUCUCAGGUGAAGGACUCGCAUGAAUCAGCCAUGAAUGUGAAUGAAGACACAGUUCCCAGGAGGCUUGGGGCCACUAACAAAGUCUGUUUAUAUUUCAUCAUCGCCACGCUGGGUGUGUUGCUUGUCUUUGCCUUGGCCACCAUCAUGGUCCUGGUCGUCCAGAGGACGCCAGAUGAUCCUGCUGUGGAGGGCAUCAAAAAACCCAUCAGGACAGGGAACACCUUUGAAGACUAUUUGAGGAUCCUACAGCGUGUCCCAGACAAAGGAGCUGCUGCCUACAUGAGAGUGUCCAGCGCCGUGAACAGCUCCAAGCUGAGCCUGGUGGAGAAGGGGGUCUGUGAGGCCACCCAGUGCAAGAGCCAGGAGCUGGUGAUCAAGAAAGAAGGCCUCUACUUGAUCUUUUGCCACUUGAACUUUCACUUUCCCAACUGCUCCAAGAGCCCCAUCGACCUCAAGAUCGAGCUCCUGGUGAACGACAGGGUCGACAGGCAGACGUUAUCCACGCUGUGCGCCUCAGACACGUGCCAAGACAAGACUUUUAAGACCUUGCUCCAGCUGCACCUGACGCACCUGAACAUGGAGGACCGAGUAUCAGUAACACUGAACCACCCCGAAUUCCUGAAUGACGUUUCCCUUCCCAAUGAAAACGUUCUCGGGGUCUUGAGGUACAGCGAUGGAAUGUGAGCAGCUCCCUGACUUCCCGCUGCUGCCCAGGCUCUUCCUCUGAACACCAGUAGCCUGCUUUCACUAGGCACCACCUUGGUUUAAAUUUCCCACCUUACCUCAUCCCUAGGGUGAACAAGGAGCUUUGUGAGUGUCCCAGAAAAAAACACUGCAAGAGCCACAGCUUCCAGGUUCCCUGGCUUGGCUCCGGGUGGGAUUGUUGGAGUAUCCAGCACAAAACUCACAGACCCACCAAGGGCUCCUCGAAACAAACACAGAUUAAAACACAGCCAGAUCAUGGGAAGAAUCUACAAUAUGGAGACUUUUAGGGUCACAAACUGCUGGCGCAGCACCUGCGCUCAGGACAGGGGGAAAUCUGUUUAACUCUGUUUUACAGAGUAGUGUUUUAACCUGGUCUUUCCAAAAAAACAACAGUCAAAGCUUGCAGUCAAGGCUUUUCUUUACCACAGGCACACAACGACAACUCUGGAGUAGUAAUGAUGAAAUUAUUGACUCUCGGGCUGGUAGCUGAAACUCUGGGGCAGGACAUAGGAGAUACGGGAUUUACAGGAUAUUUCUGUGCUGCAUUCUGCUAUGGACUUUAUGCCAUUUCCUUCAAGUGUCUUCCUUGUCACUAUUUAUCCAUCUUUUCUAUUUAAAUAUAAAGCUCUUUGGGACAGAGACUUUGUCUAAGCAGAGUGCUCAGCCUCUGUUCUCCCCUGGGCUUCCCAGACCUUUUCAUAUUAAAUAUUAAAACAGCAACGGAGUUGCGAAUCUGGCAAAUGGCAAAGUUCAUUAGGGUGCAUUUUCCUUGAGUGCUGCACUGCCAGUUUGGUGGUCCCUGUGUGACACAGACCACACUGGCUGAGAAUCCUCCUCCAGCACCAGCACUUUUUGGAAAGCCAGGACUCCAGACUUCCCCAAAGUCCAGACUUUCCCAAAGAUGGUUUCAGACUGGCCCUCAGCUGAGAGCUGAGAUGUUUGGGCAGGCCAGAGGAUGGGUGGUAUUUGAGCUUCUUUGAUUCCUGGAAUGUUUAGAGAAUGCAGGAUAAAAGAGCAAUCUCAGCCCCUCUUUUUCCAUGAACUGCCAUAACCCAGGAAUUUAUUUGUAAUUUCAUUCUUACAGUGUGGGGUGGGAAGAGAUCGAGAUGUUCCCAAAGCUGGUGCCAGUUCAGUCCUUCCCCUUUUCCCUUCAUCUCUGGGAUCCCAGCAAGGCCUUUUCUCACCAUUAUUGGAGUUUUUCCCCUUGCACAACUGACAUUUUUCUAUGACUGGAGCUUGGCAAACUCUCCACAGCAAACAUUUAGUCAUAGAUUGAGUUUCUGGCUGCAGAAGUCCGGUGGUUUAUCACCCAAGCUCAGUGGAUGCUGGUGACUGAUGUAGCUCCUUUUGUGUGCUCACACUCCAAAUAUUCCUCAGAGCAGUAAUUUGUUUCUUGUUUUACAUCACCAGAAACUGAUGGUGCAUAUCAAUGAGGUUUUGUCUCGUAGACCAGCUGACUUCAAAAUACACCAGACACUUUCCAAAGGUCAGGAGGAACUGAUAUGAUUCACUGCUAGAGAUACCUACUUUCUAUUUUGAUAAACAUCGAUGCAAACAAAAAUUCCUUCUGCUGUUAAUGACUCAGCAAAAAAGAAAAGAAAAGAAAACUAAAUCUAAAAGAAAAACCCAAAACACAUGGAUUUAGUUGUCUUUUCUUCCUUUUUCCCUUAGCGAAGAGAAGUUUAUUUUUAUAAGAGUCAGCUGGCCCUGCCUAUGACUUUGUCACGUCCUCUGGGAUCUCCUCACCCCUCUGGGCCCUAUAAAUCUCUCAUGCCUCUGAACAGGGAUUUUAACUCAUAUUUGCCUCCACUUUGACACGCACAACCAACUUCCAGAGAAGUUAAAGCAAGCCUGGCAGUGAGGGAUCACAGCUCCUGAAUAUAGCAGCAGUCAGUGAGUGAGAAGAUGCAUCUCCUCACACAUCCCACCACUCCUCCUCUCGCUCGAGGCUUUGAACUGAAAGAGAAAGGGCAUUCUUUAAAACAUAAAGCAGCUCUCCCUGCACAGGCUGAUUUUAUUCUAUUAUUUUGCCACAUGGAGAAAACCCUGACAAAGCAGUGCUAAGCUGCUCAGCCCCAGGUUUUUUAAUACCUCUGGGUAUAGAAAUCUGGCCUCUACCCCAUUGCCUCUGAGGAAUAAGAAUAAAUUAUAGCCAGAAAGAGAGCCCAUUAAUAGGGGCCAAUUUCUCCACCAGUUACAAAAAUGUUAAAUGGCUUUUGCUGAAGCAAGGUCCCGAGCCAGGCAGACUCCAAGUCACUUCAUUCUUUCAUCCCUUUUCCUUCUUUAUUUUUUUUUUUCCCUAAGUUUUUUUGAAGCAGGUCAUUUCAACAACAAACUUGCACUUAAAAAAAUAUCCAGGCUGGUCCUUCCCAUGAGGAUGUGUCAUUCCAGCAGCAUCAGGAGCAAUUCCCUGUGGGGAACAGCCCUGUUUGCAGCAGGAGAGUCCUGGCUCUGCCCAGGAGCAUCUCCUGGGGCACCACACCUUGCUCUGGUUCCCCGUCACAGGGCUCAGCCCAGGAGAGGAGAGGGAUCCUAAAAGCACUGAAGUCAUGGAAAAAUUGUGAAAAUUCCUCCCCUGGUCCUCAGAUGUGGCAAAUGUGGGGUUUUCUGUGCCCGUGUGUGAUUGCCAACUCCACCAGACCCAGGGAGCAGCAACAAUCCCAUAGCUCUGUUCUGUAGAGGGGUUUGGACCCUUCCCAGACACUGAGAAAGCUGUGCUCUUAAUCUGCUAUCUGCUUGGCCAUGGGGCAUCCAUAGGAUUUAUCCAUAAUCUUGGUUGAUAGGAAAAAAAAUGCCUAGUAUUGGCUUAAUUCAGUCUGUUGUUAAUUGCUGUGGAAAUUUGUAACAGGGACUUCAAUAGCAGUCAAGCUGAUGUAACACAUUCCCAUCCCAGCUCACCCAGGGGCAGCAACCCAAAAUCUGAUCAGGUUUAAUAUCAGAGAUCACAGAGCUGGAUCUGAGCUGUGCUGGAGCUGUGAAGGCUUUGAAACCACGAGUACAAUCAGAUUUCACAAGACUCAGUGACACCUCCCAUGAAAUUGGCCCAAACCCAAACUCCUCAAAGCUCAGCUCUGAAAAUUAGGCCACGGCUUAUCUGACACAGAUUCAUUAUUCACGGAGGGACUUUCACAUUCACUUCUGGGUUUGUUUCAUUUUUUGCUCAGCACAAGGGAAAAACAUCACAGACAUUUAGAAAGAAAUCCCUUCCUGUGCUGAGGGCCAGCCAGGGGCUGUUGGCAACCUAA